UUGAGUUUCUGUUUUGGAUUUUUGAUUCCCUUUUGACCCUAGGCUUUGACCUAGUGGUUUGUUACUUACCUUUGAGUUGUGAUUUCAGGUUCAAGUGUGCAUCUACAUGGUUGAUGUUGCUCCUUCAUUUGAGCUUGAUCAUUUGUUAUUGUUGGCUAACAUUGCUUGUUUUGUAGGCUUUGAGGAUAAUUCACUUAUGUUUGCUCAUUGUGCACAUUGGAUUUGUCUGUCUGUUUGAAUAUUGACUGUUGAUUGUUUGUCUGGAUUUUGUACUGAUUGGUUUAGAUGUUUCCACAGGUACUUAAGCUGCUUUAAGUUCAUUUGAACUUUGCUUUGCUUGCUUAUGGUUUGCAUACCACUGAGGUUCAUUCAGGAGUCUAUUCACUGUGAGAGAUGGAAGCCGUUCCAGAGUUGAAGAGGAAGACUUGCACCUACAGUUUUCACCGUGAGCCAUUGACGUCUUUGAUAGAGUUGAGCAACUUUGUGACCGGCGGUAAUCAGAAGGUGUUUGCUGAUCAGUAUGGGGAUUUGUUGACACUAUUGAAGAUGGUGGUAGAUCCAGUACCGUUGCAGACUCUUCUACAGUUCUAUGACCCAGAGCUCCGUUGUUUCACCUUCCAGGAUUAUCAGUUAGCACCCACUCUUGAGGAGUACUCCAUUCUGAUGAAUGUCCCGAUCAGAUAUCAGGUUCCCUUCUUAGAUGUGCCAAAGGAGGUUGAUUUCAGAGUCAUUGCCAGAGCUCUUCAUUUGAGUAUCAAAGAAGUGAGUGACAAUUGGAAGUCGAGUGGUGAUGUUGUGGGUUUACCUUUGAAGUACCUGGUGAGGAUGGCUAAAGAAGAAGCAAAGAAGGGAAAUUGGGAAGCUUUUCAUGCCCAGUUAGCUAUCAUGAUCUAUGGAGUUGUGUUGUUCCCGAGUAUGCCUAACCUUGUGGAUCUUGCUGCUAUCACUAUUUUCCUUGGAGGAAACCCGGUUCCUACUUUGUUAGCUGACACUUACUAUGCUAUACAUAGCAGGCAUGGUAAGGGUGGAGCUAUCAGAUGCUGUCUCCCUUUAUUGCUCAGAUGGUUCUUGUCCUUGUUGCCAACCAGUGGACCUUUUGUGGAUGCUCAGAGCACUCAUAAGUGGACUCAGAGGAUUAUGUCUCUUACCUCCUAUGAUAUCAGGUGGCAAUCUUGCCGGAUGGAUGUGCGUAAUGUCAUCAUGAGUUGUGGAGCGUUUCGUAAUGUGCCACUCGUAGGGACUAAGGGUUGCAUCAAUUACAACCCGGUUCUUUCUCUUCGCCAGUUGGGGUUUGUGAUGAAUGGAAGACCACUAGAUGCUGAGAUAGCUGAAAGUGUGUAUUUUGAGAAGCGGAGUGACCCUACUAGAUUGGAGCAAGUAGGAAGAGCUUGGAAGACCAUUGGUGUCAAGGAUGGAGUUGUGUUAGGGAAGAAGUUUGCAGUUGUUAUGCCUGAUUACAUUGAUUGGGUCAGGAAUAGAGUUGAGACUUUGUUGUUACCCUAUGAUAGGAUGGAGCCAUUGCAAGAGCAACCACCUUUGAUCCUUGCUGAGAAUGUGCCUGCUGAGCAGUACAAGCAAGCCUUGAUGGAGAAUCGUUGGUUGAAAGAGAAGGAACAAGAUACCCAGAUGGAGCUUUACAAAGCCAAAGCUGAUAAGUUGAACUUGGCUCAUCAACUCAAAGGCAUGCAGGGUGAAGAUGCUAGCAAAUUGAAGAGCAAGAAGAGGUCCUAUGAGGAGAUAGAGACAUUGUUGAAUGAAGAACACCAUGAGUGCUUGAGGUUGGAGAAAGCUUAAGCUAAUUACCAGAAGAAGAUACGAGACCUGGAAAAGCAGCUUAGAGACAAAGACAUCCAAUUGAAGAAGGAGGUAGACUUGAGACAUGCAUCAGAGAGCCAACUUGGAGGAGAAGUUGUGGAGCUCAGAAGACAACUGAAGGAGAAGCUCACUCCUCUGCCAGAGUGUUCAGAAUGUGACCUGUUGAUAGACCAGUGCCAGUACCUGAAGACUCUCAUUCCUGGAGGACAUCUUUCCUAGCUUGUAUCUGUUGUUUAUGUUGAGAAUCACCUCCAGGCUUGUUGGAUGGGAUUCAUUGUUGUACUCUGAUCAUUUGGAUCUUUGUCUGAAUAUUGUUGUAUGAUCCUUGUUGCUCAUGUCUAUAGAUAAGAUUGUUGAUGUUU